UCAAUGGAUAACACCACUUGGGUGGUCAACCAUACUGGACGAUCAGAUUUUGACCUAGUAGGACUCUUCAGUCAAUAUAAGUACCCAGCUCUCCUUUGUGUGAUCGUCUUUGUGGUUUUCCUGAUGGCCCUGUCUGGAAAUAUCAUCCUGAUCCUUGUGAUAUACUGUGAUGCUCACCUUCAUAACCCUAUGUACUUUUUUAUCACCCAGUUGUCUUUCAUGGAUGUGAUGUACAUUUCUGUCACUGUGCCCAAGAUGCUCAUGGACCAGGUCUUGGGUGUAAAUAAGAUCUCAGCCCCUGAAUGUGGGAUGCAGAUGUUUCUCUAUUUGACAUUAGGAGGUUCAGAAGUUUUCCUUCUAGCUGCCAUGGCCUAUGACCGCUAUGUGGCCAUCUGUCAUCCACUCCUUUAUCCUAUCCUAAUGAACCAUAGGGUGUGUCUCCUCUUGGUCUCUUCUUCAUGGUUUCUGGGAUCUUUGGAUGGAUUUACUCUCACACCUGUCACCAUGACAUUCCCCUUCUGUAGAUCCCGGGAGAUCCACCAUUUCUUCUGUGAGGUUCCUGCUGUAAUGAAGCUUUCCUGCUCAGACACUUCCCUCUAUGAGACACUCAUGUACUUAUGUUGUGUUCUCAUGCUCCUCAUUCCUGUGACAGUCAUUUCAAGCUCCUAUUCUUUUAUCCUCUUUACCAUCCACAGGAUGAACUCAGCAGAGGGACAGAAGAAGGCCUUUGCCACUUGUUCUUCCCACAUGACUGUGGUCAUCCUCUUCUAUGGGGCUUCUGUCUAUACCUACAUGCUCCCCACCUCCUACCACACCCCUGAGAAGGACAUGAUUGUAUCUUUCCUUUAUACCAUACUCACUCCUGUUCUAAACCCUUUAAUUUAUAGUCUUAGGAAUAAGGAUGUCACAAGGGCUCUAAAAAGAAUGUUAAAUGUGAAAAGCUUUGGCACUGCAAAAGAAACAGCUAAGGUUUCCUUACUGAUUUCCCGUGUGGAUGAUGUAAACACUGAUGAAAAAAUAGGCGAACAACCGACCCUAAAUAGUCACAGCGAUUAUGGAGCAGAACAAACUGAAGACAUCACACUUCUAAUUUCAACAUAA